AUGUCAGGUGAUGCGAGUUUGCAAGAUGUUUUACCCCAAGAGCUUAUGGAGCUUCAGCUUGGUCAAAUCGAUCUCUUGAUGGCCAUGUAUGCCUCCGAUAAUGCGAUAUCGAUGGAUCCUGGGUCUUCUGAUUUACUAUAUGCACUCAAGUCUUGGUGUGAAGAUGGCGGAGACUGUCCGCCGAAGCUCUCCCAACCAGUUAUAAACCUCCAGCUCAGGCUUGAUGUUGAAGACGACAACUCUUUAACCAGGACUCUGCAGCUCACAUUGACAGUGCCGCUAGCGUACGAAAAAGGACAAACAUUGAUAGAGCCACCAUCAAUCAAGACCAGAAUACAACAGCCGGACUGGAUGAGCAAAGGAGAUGUUGUCAGAUUAAAUACAGACAUCCCCGAUGAAGAUAUAUUAUCAGUCAUUGAGCAUAUCAAAGAGUCCGCGUCACAGUACUUGUCAAGCCAAAAGCAAGCAGAAGAAGACAGCACCGCAUGCAAAGACACAUCCAUAGUCCGCGUGUGGUUUUACUUCCCCUCCAUCAGUACAAGAGCGAAGCGUGACGAUUUCAUAAACUACGCUCCUGGCUAUGGUCUCACCGGCUUCCUUCUCGCCGGAAAGCCAGGCAUUCUAUGUCUGGAGGGAGGUUCAAUAGCGAUCGACGACUUUAUGAAGUUUAUCAAGACGGAAAGCUGGGGUGACAUUCCCGCGCAUCAUAAAAAGGUUAGCGAGCGGUAUCGAGAAGAAGGAACGGACUUGCAGCGUGCUUUUACGGAUAUGCAGGAGAUCACGGAUAUGAUUGAGAAGAGGGGUGCGAGAGGAAACCGUGGUGACAUGAAGGCUUUGGAGGCGUGGCUGGUUGAAAAUGGACUUGGCGAAGCGUUUGGCAAGAUUUUGAUGUAG